AUGACAUUAUACAUCUCAGCUCUGUUAGUCCUCGCGGCCAUCUGCGUGGUCUGGAAGGCAAUCUCUAAUAUCUUUCUGUCGCCUCUGAGCUCGAUACCGGGUCCGUUAUUGGCAAAGAUCUCUCCUCUAUGGCUGAUCAUCAUUGAUAUGCUUGGCUAUCGAACUACUACGAUCCAUCAUUUACAUCAAAAGUAUGGCUCCUCAGUACGUAUAGGACCAAAAGAGAUUUCAUACUCAAAUUCGGCGGUCGUCAAGGAGCUUUACAGUCAGCAAACACAGUUCAUGAAGGCUCCCUUCUAUGAAACGUUCGUCGUACCCCCGGUUGGGAUCUUCAGCAUGAGAGAUAAAGCGGCCCAUAGUCAGCGACGUCGUCUGCUCAGCCAUGCAUUUUCUCAGGCGAACCUAUACAAUACAGAACCUAUCAUCAAACAUAUCAUCUCUAAGUUGGUGGUUCACUUGCAUGGACGCCGAGGGGAGCCGACAGAUAUGCUAUUAUGGUUCCGGUUGACCGCAUUCGAUAUCGUCGGCGAGCUAUUCCUUGGACAAUCUUCUGGCGGAUUAGACAAGCUGGAGCCGCCACAACUUCUCCAUGAUAUAGACCGGUUCUUCAUCACUAGUGGCAUCGCAGGUGCCCUCCCAUGGCUGGUGCGAUUGCUGCAUCUUCUACCCAUACCUGCUCUACGAGAAUUCCUCGGCGCCAGGGAACGGAUCAUCCAAGUGUCUCAAGAGGCUCCCAUGACUGACGAAGAAACCUACGUUGAGAUUUCAAACCUUGUGUUCGCAGGUAGUGAUACCACCAGUACGACGUUGACAUAUCUUUUCUGGGAGCUUGCCCAGCAUCCAGAUUGGCAGGGGAAACUACGGUCCGAGGUCUCUGAGAACAUAGACUGGACCGGGAGCCUGCCUAACUUCAGAGAUAUUGCUGAGCUUCCACUUCUUGAUGCCAUCAUCAACGAGGCUCUUCGUUUGCAUCCUGCAGCACCAUCAAGCCUUCCCAGAGAAACGCCAGCAGGGGGGCAAAUGCUCAACGGCGUACAUAUUCCGGAAAAGACCAUUGUCUCAAUGCAAUGCUAUACAACACAACGCGACCCUCAAGUCUUCUCGAAUCCCGAAAGGUUUGCACCAGAGCGUUGGUUGGGACCAGAAGUCAUGUCUCCCGAAGCAAAGGCUCUCUACAUGCCGUUUUCAUCAGGAACUCGAGCGUGUCUGGGAAAAAAUCUAGCGAUGAUGGAACUGAAAUUGAUCACUGCGGCGCUGGUGAAACAAUUCAAGGUCAGUGUGGCUGCAGACACCACGGCACAAAUCAUGGGUACUGAAAAGAACAUCGACCAGGCCAUCGGCCUGAGUGGGUCUGAAACCAUCAGUCACAUCAAAUCUGAGGGUACAGGCGAAGUCCAUGAAGAGAACCCUCGACCUAAAGUUCAUUUCAACAUCUGGUCCUGUCUGGGCGUCAACUUCUCCAUCAGUGCGACCCCAAUCGCAAUCGGCACCAUGCUAAGCCUUGCUGUUGGCGUGGGAGGUCCUCCCAUUUUCUUCUACGAGUUCAUCUUCGCUGGAACAGGGCAGCUGAUCCUCGCAAUUGCUAUGGCCGAAUUGGCUUCCGCCAUUCCUCAUGCGACAGGUCCUGCCUACUGGGUAGUUGUUCUUGGGCCGAAGAAGUUGGGCCGACUGCUCGGAUAUAUCAUGGGCUGGUCAACCGUGGCCUGCUGGUUCUUUAUCUCAGCCGUGACCAAUUUGUUCUUGGCCCAGUUGACAACUGCGUUGGCUCAAGCUACUCACGCAGAUUAUAUUGUGAAAGACUGGCACACCUAUCUAGUUUAUGUUGCUUUUGCGCUCAGUGCAUACGCGUUAUCUCUCCCAAAGACACAUCGCAUAAUAGGCUGGAGCUUGUCGGGAGCCGUGGUGUUCAUUAACGCGGCCGCUCUCUUUAUUUUCAUCACUUUACUGGUCAAGGCAAACCCCAAACAAUCAGCACGAACGGUUUUUGUCGACAUUGUUAAUGAGACAGGCUGGAGCUCGAACGUGGUGGUUUUCUUCCUAAGCAUCUUGCCGGGUGUUGCCGCGGUUGGAGGUAUCGACUCAGCAACGCAUCUUGCAGACGAGAUGGACAACCCAGGGAAGCAGAUUCCGCAGGUUAUGAUUGGGUCUGCGUCGCUCAGCGUUCUGACGGGAAUACCAUCUAUCAUUAUCUAUCUAUUCUGCACUGUGGACCAGGAAGCACUGCUGACUCCAGUCGGUGGCCAACCCGUUAUUCAACUAUUCCAUGACGCCUUCGAUUCUACCGCCUUGACGGUCAUCGCCACGGUUUGUAUCAUUAUUACCUGUGGUCUUGCGAACUUCGCCGCUCUCGUGAGCUGGAGCAGACUAUACUGGUCAUUUUCUCGAGAUGGCGGUCUCCCAUUUUCAGCCUUCACAGCCAAACUCAGCAAGUCGGAGUCUAUUCCGGUUAACGCCUUGACUGUCUGCACUGCCCUCAACGUUCUCAUCGGCCUACUCCAACUUGGUGCGAGUACCGCCCUCAACGCACUUCUAGGAGGCGCCAGCCUCUGCGGCAAGUCAUCGUGGGCACUUUGCUUCGCGAUGCUGUUCUGGCGGGGACGCGACGCUCUUGAUAAAGAUCGCUGGCUUAACCUCGGUAGAUUUGGCCUGGCUAUCGAUAUUGUUGCUUUUGUUUGGGCAAUCUGGGUCUGCAUUUGGGUCUCAUUUCCACUUUAUGUUCCCGUGAACGCGCGAUCGAUGAACUAUGCAAGUGUUGUAUUUGCGGGGAUCUGCGUUCUUAGUUUCGUUUACUAUAUACUCGUCUUCUCGAAAAAGGAACAGAUCGAAGCAGUUGACUUGAGUCAUGCAAGUCACAUUCAUGACAAAAGGAUCCUCGAGGAUAGCUUGGAACGGAACGCCUCCACUGCUUGA